GCUGGAACUUCUCCAACCAGACAUCCAGUUGCUGCCCACCAGGUUAUGUAUGAGCUACGGAUAUAUUCCCUGGAGGAGGCAACGUUUGGUUCAGUGCUUGCAUCUCGAGCAAUUAGAGCUGCUCAUUGUUUAACUUCAAUUCAGUUUUCUCCAGCUUCAGAGCAUCUGUUACUUGCUUAUGGGCGUCGCCAUAGUUCACUACUUAAAAGUGUUGUUAUUGAUGGAGACACAACUAUACCCAUUUACACGAUUCUUGAGGUCUAUAGAGUUUCUGAUAUGGAACUUGUGAGAGUUCUCCCCAGUGCGGAGGAUGAGGUUAAUGUCGCUUGCUUCCAUCCUUCGGUUGGUGGUGGCCUUGUCUAUGGAACCAAGGAAGGGAAGUUGAGGAUUCUCCAAUAUGACAAUUCAAAUGGUUUGGGUCGCACAAUGUCCUGUUCUCCUGUCGAAAACAUUGUCGAGGUCCCAACGUAUGCUUUAGAAGGCUAGUAACUUUGAUGAUAGGAAAAGGUGAUAGGGUCUCAUAACAAGAUACUAGUCCGGGAUAUGGUUAGCGGCUGCAACAUCGAGUGCUUUUUCUGGUGAAGAUGAAACUUCACGUUUUAAUGCAAUACGCUGAAUAUGAGAGGUUAUUCUUGAGCUUGUCUGACCUACCCGUCACAGAUUAAACUUACGGCACUGUGAGGGACCGAAGGGUUCACAGAAUGUCUCGCUUCAACAACUACCUGUGUGGCUGCUGGAGCGCCCUGGGGUUCUCUGUCUAAAUACUAACCUGACGGAAGGAAGUGCUGGUGGGGAAUCGAGGGACCGUUUCUGCAAUUUCCCUGAAGAUGACUUCAGAUGUACUAUAGGAGUUGGAUUUGAGAUGAAUUGAAUUUCUUACAAAUUAAGGAGAAAAAAGGGAAAAGAAGAAAGGUCGUGAGUACAUACAUCUUUGAGUGUUUUUAAGGGUCCUCUAUUUUACUCUUGAAGUACAGGGGUAAUUAGUACAAGUUUUUCCCGUUAUACAUUGUCUGGGUGUUUAAACGAACGCUUUCUAAUAUGGUUAAUUUCAGUUGCCUUUAAACUGAUAUUUUGGGUGUUUGAA